UUCUACACAUGUCAAAUGUGAUUGUUAUGUGAAAGAGGAAUCCUCUUGAAUCGCGACACAAUUUGACCACCAAGUUGUUCAUGCACCGUGGAUCCCGCGUCUUACAAAUCAUGUCGGACUCCAUCAAAAACGUCGCGAUAUUUGGAGCCACGGGAAUGACCGGGCUGGCGACCCUGCCGCAAGCUGUGGCUGCAGGAUACAAUGUGACAGUGCUGGUUCGGGACCCUGCCAGGCUGCCUGCAGACCACAAGGCGUCCAGAGUGGUGGUGGGCGACGUUGUUAAUAAAGAGGAUGUGAAGAAGGCCAUGGAGGGCCAGGACGCUGCAAUCAUCAUCCUGGGCACCAGGAACAACCUGAGCCCGACCACCGUGAUGUCUGAAGGCACCAAGAACAUUAUUGAAGUCAUGAAGGCCCGUGGGAUCUGUAAAGUGAUCGGCUGCAUGUCAGUCUUUCUGCUGUGGGAUCGCGCCAAAGUCCCACCCCGAAUGAUUCCUGUGACAGAAGACCACGACAGGAUGUACACGGCGCUGAAAACAUCUGGGCUGGACUAUGUUGCUGUGAUGCCGCCUCACAUCGGUGGUGAUCUUCCUCUGACGGGGAGUUACAUGGCGUCAGAGAACAUGCUGAAAGGAAGAGCCAUCUCUGCACUCGACCUGGGACAUUUCUUUGUCCAGUGUCUGUCCAACACAGAGUGGGAUGGCAAGACUGUGGGAGUCUGGGGAGAGUAUAAAUGAUCUUAAAUAACACACUGCUGACCCCCUCUGGACAGCUGAGGGGUUUAUGUCUCUUCCCGUUACCCGCAGUUUUUUAUUACCACCAAAAGACACUGGAGAAAAGAAAUAGGCUACUUGUUUGUGCUAAAACUUAGAGAUAAAUGAAAAAAAUAACAUGUUUCAAACUACUAUCCUGUUUCUUUCUUGUGUCUGCCUUUAUUUUUUUUAUUUCAUACCAUUAUCGAAGUUUUUUUUUAUACUUAUUCAGUUUCCUCGUCAGCUCCAGGGGGAAAAAAAAAAUUCUAAUAUUGUGUGAUGCAGCCCUUCACUGCUCUGAUUCAAAGUAGGCCUUGUGUGUUUUUUUUAGCUGUUGAAAAUAAAAGACAGUAUUUUAAAAAUGAUGUGCAGAACGAACACUGUGUCUCAUGAAUGAACAGAGCUGCAGGCUGGUUGUUGCCUGAGUAACAAAACAACAACAUUGAUGAAAAUAGUACAUCACAAUUUGAUACAGUGAUAUACAUUAAAAACUGAGUAAUAGAACAAAGUGGGCUGUGUACUCAGAAAUCCUGCUCAAAUGGAAGUAUGUUUACUGUGAGAAUAAGAGUGAUAACAAUGUGAGAAUGUCAGGCUAAUGUGUCUAUUAUAAAUAAAAUAUACCUGCAAGAU